UAUCAACUCUUUUUUGGAAUAUUUAGAACUGAUCCAAUUAUUAACAAUGCAAGAAACUUUGGAGUAUCGACACCAUCAAUGAAUAUAUUCGGACCAUUCCCAGAUUAUGUGAAGAUUGUAGAGGUCGGACCAAGGGAUGGUCUGCAGAACGAGAAACAGAUAGUGCCCACCGACGUUAAAAUCGAACUGAUCAACCGACUGUCCGCCACCGGUCUGUCGGUGGUCGAGGCCACAUCAUUCGUCUCACCAAAAUGGAUUCCGCAGAUGGCAGACAGCAACGAAGUGUACAGAGGAAUCAACAAGGCGACGGGCGUAUCAUACCCGACGUUGACGCCCAACUUGCAGGGCUUCCGCUCGGCCCUCAACGCCGGCGUCAAGGAGGUGGCAGUGUUUGCCGCCGCUUCCGAGACCUUUUCAAAGAAGAACAUCAACGCAACGAUCGACGAGAGUCUGGCGCGAUACAAGGAUGUGUGUCAGGAGGCGAUCAACAAUGGUAUCAAGGUUAGAGGAUACGUCUCAUGCGCCAUGGGCUGCCCAUACGAGGGCCGCGUCUCCAACGCCAAGGUCGUCGAGGUUUCCAAACGUCUUUUCGACUAUGGCUGCUACGAAAUAUCUCUGGGAGACACGAUUGGCAUUGGCACGCCAGGCGCCACAUUCAAACUGCUGUCAGCCGUCUCCAAGGAGAUCCCAAUGGGCGCGAUUGCCGUCCACUUCCACGACACCUAUGGACAGGCGCUGGCCAACAUUCUGACCGCACUGCAGUUUGGUGUCAACGUUGUCGACAGCUCCGUUGCCGGACUGGGAGGCUGUCCAUACGCCGCUGGCGCCUCUGGCAACGUCGCCACCGAGGACGUCUUGUAUAUGAUGAAGGAUUUAGGUAUCGAUUGUAAAGUAGACUUGGACAAGAUAUUGGACACCAGUCUGUGGAUAUCUAGGAUAUUGAACAAGACUCCCAGUUCCAAGGUAUCUCUGGCUCUCUCACAUAAGAAGGACAGGAUGAUAACUUCAUCAUCCACUGCAACGCACUGU